CAGAACUACCCAAAAUACCAUGACGUCGAGGGCAGUUGGCAGUUUCAAGGAGGCUUUUCCUUCAUGCUCGAUCGCGCUCAGUCCGAUCCCUUUGCACAGCCAUCACGGUGCCGAGUGCAGGUAUCGCCAGAGGCAGCGCGUUUUCCCAGAGAUCUCUGGGAGUCGCCCAUUCGGCGCACAGCGCUGUGUGACUUCUUGACUCGAUCUUUGGGCAGUGCAGUCUCAGCAGCUGGAGGGGAUGUCAGAAGGGAGAGUGGCGGCUGGCAUGGGCAGAAGGGUGGAGAGAUGACUGUUGACACCCCUGGUCAACAUGUCCUGCAGAGGACAUCAUGCAUCAUAGAUGACCAGGGUGGAGUGGAGGCAAGAUUCACAGUUGCUCUGCCAGCGAGGGGCCGCACUAUCCUGGGCAACCUGGCAGCACAGAUCCUGGUGGACUUUUUGCCCAGGUAUAUACGAGCCGGUUUAUUCUACGAGAUGCAGGAUGCAGCAGCUCUGCGAAGACAUGUGGACUGUGUUGAGGACACUGAGGCCCUACGCAGUGCUCUGCCUGGCCUGGGCCUCGUGGCCUUUGUGGGAAAUGGAUCUAUUCUGCCACGGAAGACUGGCGAAUCAGAUUUGCCCAUGCCAGCAGCGGAGGCUGUCCCUUUCACCUCUCCGGAGAACCUUGCGGUUCAGGUGUCUCUGCCAAGACGAGGGGUCGUGACAGGUAUGGGGAUCAGGAAGGGCGUUACCCUGAUUGUCGGCGGAGGCUUCCACGGCAAGACCACUCUGCUCAAAGCUCUGGAGGCCGGCGUGCCUGGAGACGGCCGCGAGCUCGUUGUGACUGUGGCUGACUCUGUGAAAGUCAGGGCGGAGGAUGGGCGUCGAGUCGAGGCAACAGACAUCUCGCCCUUCAUAUCCAACCUCCCCUUUGGCAAGGACACGACAAUGUUCAGGACGCCCGACGCUUCCGGCAGCACGAGUCAGGCAGCCAACAUCCAGGAAGCCCUCGAGCUGGGCGCGAGCACGCUGCUGCUGGAUGAAGACGUGUGCGCCACCAACUUCAUGAUCAGGGAUGCGCGCAUGCAGGCGUUGGUGAAGAAGGAAAAUGAGCCGAUCACGCCGUUCAUCAGCAAGAUCAGGUCUCUGCUGGCGCGCGGUGUGUCCAGCAUCCUGGUCAUGGGAGGCAGCGGCGACUACUUUGGGGUGUCGGACACUGUCCUGCGCAUGGACAGCUAUGAGGCCUCGGACGUGACUGCGGAGGCCCUGGCCAUCGAUCGGCGCUUUGGGAGCGCGCCGUCACUGACAGGGAACAACAGUCACUAUGGCACUGUCGCCAGCCGCUCGCCUGUCACCAUCUACCCUAGUCAAUCCUCAGAACGAGUGAAGACAACCACAAGGCAGACCAAUCUGAUCCAGUUUGGCGAUGAGAACCUGGACCUGAGUGGGCUUGAGCAGCUCAUAGAGAAGUCUCAGACGCGCGCAAUUGCGGAAGCCCUCUGCCUGCUGCGUUUAUGGAUCAGCCAGCCCCAAGCAUCUGGCUCCUCCCUGGCUCAACUGUUGAAACGCAUGGAUGCAGAGUUCGACUCCCAGGGUCUAGAUGUGCUGGCGCCUGCUCUGAAGGCAGGGAACUUUGCACGACCGCGCAUCUUUGAGAUAGGAGCUGCGGUGAACCGGCUCAGAAGCGUGAGAAUGGAGCAGCGGUAA